AUGGAGGCCAAUAAAAAAUUUGAAGCAGGUCAAACUUUGACGUAUGCUGAAUUUCCAAAUCAAUUUGUUUAUGAUAGAGAAUCAAGGGUAUGGCAUCCACGCAAAAGAGGGUAUUCUAUCGGGAGGUUAAAUUAUGUUCCACCGGGUACAGGUGAUAUUUAUUAUAUGAGAAUUUUGUUAGCUGUUCAGAGAGGUUGCACAACAUAUGAGUAUAUUAGGACAGUUAAUGGAAUUAUAUAUUCUAACUUCCAAGAUGCUUGCUAUUCCAUGGGACUACUGUGCGAUGAUAGGGAAUUCAUUGCAGCUAUUAAUGAGGUAGCUGAACUUGCAUCUGGUCAUCAAUUGAGAAAAUUAUUUGCGAUGCUACUGAUAUCUAAUAGCAUUAGCAACCCAGAGCGUGUUUGGAAUGCAACUUGGACAUUAUUGGCUGAUGGAAUACUAUAUGAGAGGAGAAAAGCUUUGAAAAACCAAGGACUAAACAUGACUGAUGACGAAUUGAAAAACCUCUGCCUUAUUGAGAUUGAGAAGAUACUCAACAGCAAUGCGAGAUCUUUAAGAGACUAUCAAUCAAUGCCAUAUCCUGAGAUGUCUCAUGUUCGCCUUUUUCAGAAUAAGCUAAUAGAGGAGGAGUUAGCAUAUGACACAAAUGAGUUGACUCAUACAAACUUAUAUACAGAACAAAAGAUGACUCAUGAGCAAAGGUUAGUAUUUGAUGAGAUACUCAAUGCUAUUACAAUUACUGAUGAAUCUACUUGCAACAUCAAGCACGACAGUUUGAAGGCUGAGCUGCUCAUCCAAAGUAGCUUAAUAAUUUGGGAUGAAGCUCCAAUGCUCAAUAAAAUGUGCUUUGAAGCACUUGAUCGGACGCUCAGGGAUCUUAUGUCAAUUACCGAUCAACAUAAGACACAUCAACCAUUUGGUGGUAAGGUUGUUGUUCUAGGAGGUGAUUUCAGACAAAUACUUCCGGUGAUUCCGAAAGGAAGUAGACACGAUAUAUUGACAUCCGCUAUUAACUCAUCCCAUCUGUGGUCAUUUUGUAAGGUUCUGAAACUGCAUACGAAUAUGAGGCUUCUAAUGUCUUCUUUGGAUCAAGAUGAAAGUGAAAUGAAGAGAUUCGCUAAUUGGAUACUUGAUGUUGGAAAUGGAAAUAUUGGCUCUGUUGUUGGUGAUGAAUCAGAAGUUGAAAUUCCAAAUGAUCUAUUGAUUACAACUCCUGAUGAUCCUCUCUCUCAUUUGGUAGACUUUGCAUAUCCAAAUUUGUUGCAAAACAUGUCAGAUUACAGGUAUUUUCAGAGUAGGGCAAUUCUUGCACCCACGCUUGAGAGUGUCGAGAAGGUAAACGAUUUUGUCUUGACAAUCUUUCCAGGGAUGGAAAAGGAGUAUUUGAGCUCUGACACAACAUGUCAAGCUGAUGAGAAUGAAGAUGUACGACAAGAGUGGUUCACACCAGAAUUCCUAAAUGACAUCAAAUGUUCGGGACUACCCAAUCACAAGUUGACUUUGAAGCCAGGAGUCGCUGUAAUGCUACUGCGAAACAUAGACCAGACUUCAGGUUUAUGCAAUGGGACAAGAUUAAUAGUUAACGACCUUGGCAGCAAUGUAAUUGGAGCGACGGUAGUGACCGGUAGAAAUAUUGGAGAUAAAGUGUACAUUCCAAGAAUGAACUUGAUCCCUUCAGAUUCAGGAUUGCCAUUUAAGUUCCAACGGAGACAAUUUCCAUUGACAGUAUGCUUUGCAAUGACCAUUAACAAGAGUCAGGGUCAAUCAUUAUCACAUGUAGGGCUUUAUUUGCCAAAAUCAGUGUUCACCCAUGGACAACUUUAUGUUGCUUUGUCAAGAGUUAAGAGUCGCAGUGGCCUCAGGGUUUUAAUUCUAGACGAAGACGGCAAUCCAAAGUCAUCAACAACAAAUGUCGUGUUCAAAGAGGUUUUUAAUAAUAUUUAG